UCUCAAGAUCAGAAUCUUGGAUUGUGAGAGAUUAAGAGAAGCAGCCAACUAUAAAUCCGAUGAAAAUAUUCUUAUACAUAUUAAUGGAAAGGACUGUGUUGCCCUUGAAGUUAAAUACCAUCGAACAUGCUAAGUUAUAUAUAGUGUUUAGCAAAUCAACACAAUGGUCAGCCUAAAGUUCAAUAUUGCAGUAAAUCUUUUAAUAUAUUUUCAAAUGAAAUAAUAAAAGAAAAGUUAAUUAAAAAGAAGAAAGUCACGUUUAUGUCAAAGUUGUUUAGUUUGUUUGUUUCAAUCGUUUAUCGUAAAGAAAAUUUUGAUGCCAGUAAUUAUAAAGUGUCCCAUUUAAAGUCAAGGAUUCAAGCGGCUUUUCCACAAUUAAUUUUCCACACAACUGGUAGAAGAAAUUCAAGUGAAAUAGUUUCGCAUGAAAAUCUAUCAAGUGGCGAUUUUGCUGAAAAGACCUUUGUUUAUGAUAAUGAAACAUCUCAAAGUGAGUCUUCUCAAACAGAACCCUUGUCGGAUAAUAGCAUAUGUAAAACAGCGUUGCAUUUCCGAAAUAUAAUAAAUACAACUCCUGAUUUCUUUUCAACAUGGCCUCCAUUUUUUUCUGAGUUCUUAUUUAAAAAUAUAGAGAACAUUGUACCACCUGGGUUAUUUAAUUUUUUUGUUUGGCUUUUGGGUACUGAUGAUGAACCAAAAAUUGAAUCCUACAUAUGUAUAGAGGAAACCAUUAAAAAAAAGGUUUUAUCUUUAAUUCAAGAUUGCAUCUAUAUAAGUUCAAAUGGGCGCAAACAAACACCUAAAUCUGUGGCAUUGUCAAUGGCAACAAGGCAGAUAACUGGAUCAAAAGAGUUGAUAAAAAUAUUGAGUGGUUUUGGGCAUUGUAUAUCAUAUUCAGCAAGAAUGAGAUAUGAAACAGCAUUAGCAUUUAUCAAUCUAAAAGAAGAUGUAGUUUUACCACAAGGUAAGAUUAAACAAUAUCUAUGAUGAAAAAUAUUUUUAAUUAUAAAGUGAU